AUGGGAGGGGUUUCAUCAGAGGCUGUUCUACGUAGGCUGCAAGAUGUUCGAAAUAUAUCUCAAGAAUCCAUUGAAACUAUAUCGCUAUGGAUAAUGCAUUACAAGGAUAAAUCAUCUAUCAAUGCUAUAGUGAAUGGAUGGUUGACUUGUUUCGAAAAUGCAUCUUGUGAGCAACAAAGAGUUGCCCUUUUCUAUAUCAUGAAUGAUGUAGUUCAAAAAGCGAAGAGCAAGCACAUAGAUUACUUGAUUCCUUCUUUCCAGCCAGCAGUACUUGCUGCUGUUCAAAUUGGAAGGCAUUCAAAAACUGUAAAACAAACAAUGGAUCGUUGCAUCGGCAUUUUCGCUGAGAGACAAGUUUUUGCCAAAGAGAGUAUAACUGCUAUGAAAAAUAUAUUAGCGAAUGCUGAAGUUACUGACGGAGACGAAAGUGGCGUAGAGCUUGAUGUCCAAGACUUGGUUAACAAAUUGGCUAUGUUUCAAAAAGGGCGAGAUCUAGUUCAUCAUGCUUUAGAAAUCAUGAAAAGUGCAGACUUCAAUUUUCAAGAAAGUAGGUGUAAAGCAAGAGAUCGUCAUGAAGUCACCAUUUUGGAAACAGAAACGAAAGAAGCAACUCAACAACUUGUGGCUUUACGGCAUUCCAUGGAGAUUCAAAAGAAAAAAAUGCUACUCCUUGUCGAAAUGUUGGAGAUUGCUAAACGGCAGUUUUCCCACCAACUACGGGAUGUUACAGUUGCAGAGGAUGCUUAUCAAAAAUUUUAUCAAGGUAUACGUGUUGUUAAAUCAGAAUUAAAGGAAAUGGAAAAAACUGGAAUCUAUCCUGGGGCUACACCUCCCCGUGACGCUCCUUCACCCACUCCCAACGAUGAUAUUUAUGCCACUGGGGUUGAAAACGUUCUUCAAAAACCUACCCGGGAUAAUCACGACAUGACGGAUAUGGAAAUAGGAGAUGAGGAUGAAGAUAUAAGUAACUCAGUUACAUCUGUUGCUAUUAAUCCUAUGAUGAAUUUAAUUCAGUAUCCAUAUAAUGUUGAUUGGAAAGAUUCUGCAAAUCUGAUGGGAUGCCCCCCUCCGUCACAUCUUCCUUACCCUACCAACUAUAAUAGCAGUUUUAACGAUACUUCUAUAAGGAGCUCCACAUAUAGUGAUGGGUGUAACCAAGGCUUUUCAAACUACAGAAUUGAAGGAAGAGAUUGGAAAAGAAACGUUACUCCGGAGAGAGCGUGGUCGAGUAGAAGAAAUGAUCGGAAUUGGAAAGGAUCAAGAGGGAAACGGGAUAGCAGGAAUUACGGACGACAACAUUCGAGAGAUCGAAGAUAA